AUGUCAUCAACCGCUACUUUCACUCAGGCGGCUUCAGCCAAUCCCAACUUGCAUGGCAAUGGUCGCAUGCGCGUCGAUGGUACGGAUCAACACUAUGGCGACUUCCGUGACGAUCUUACUCGCGACGGCUUUGCUAUCGUCAAGGGUGCCAUUCCGCUCGAGAAGGCCGUGAAAUACUCUGAGGAGAUGUACUCAUGGUUGGAGAACUUCAAUCUGGGCUUCGACCGCAAUGACCUAUCCACUGUACACAAGGACAAGCUUCCGCUUAUUAAUGAGAAGGGAAUGUGCCUUCACUAUGGCCUUCCCCAUGAAGACUUUGUGUGGGGAAUUCGCAGUGAGCCUGGUGUGGUUAGUGCUUUUGAGAAAAUUUACGACGAUGAAGACCUGAUUGUCUCCUUUGACGCGGUCAAUUUCCAAUUCCCUAACCGGACCGAUAUUGCCCCCAACAAGCCUUGGCCUCACCAGGACCAGGAUCCCGAGAAGCACGGUUUCCGUUGUAUGCAAGGUCUUGUCAACCUUCUCCCGAAUGGACCUGAUGAUGGAGGCCUCAUCGUUUGCCGUGGUGGACACCUUCUCUCUGAGGAAUUCCACCGCGACAUGGCGGACGAAGAGCGAAUUCCCGCCUGGACUCCUGAAUGGUACGGAUUCACCGAGCGUGGUAUGAAGUGGCUUGAGGAUCGUGGAUGCACAUGGGAGAAGAUUUCCGCCGAGCCAGGCGAUCUUCUUCUGUGGGACUCGCGUACUCCUCAUUAUAACCUCAGCCCCAAAAACAGUCAGCCUCGCUUUGCCAUCUACACAUGUUUCAUGCCGGUGGCAGAUGCUACACAGGAUGACCUCCUGCGGAAGAAGGAUGCCUUUGAUCGUCGUGUUGGCACGACACACUGGCCAAAUGCCAAGCACACCGGCUCAAACGUGGCUCAGCGUGACGGCAAGGAGGAUCCUCAUAACCGAGAUCGCCCGGUUAAUGAUCCAGUUCUCAGCGAAAGAGCGUUCAAGCUCACUGGUAUCCCUUACAUUAAGGGCCCAUCGGGAGCUAUCAAACAGACGACAGUGGCUGCAUAG